CGUCUUCCGGGGGAGAGGGAUGGCGCCGCUCUCGCCGCCGCUGCCGGCGACGAUGGCACGAGAUCUCCCUCGCGAGCACGAGGCUCUCCCCGAAUUCAGCACGGCAUCGCCCUCCCGCCGAUUCGUCAGCACGUCCUCCCCGGCGGACUCUUUCUACACAACCCUUGAUGGUAUCUAUGGCUUGAUUGUUCAGAUGCAUAUCAGGUUCCAUCAUGGGCAGGAACUUGGUUCAAACACCAAAGAAUAUGUUCAUCUAAUAGGAGAUGUUCUUGCCAAGUGUGAUCACAUUGAGUGGAAGGUGGUUGAGUUGGAGAGGACGCUUUCAGUUGCAUCAAGAGAUCCAACAUAUUAUGGACUUGAUGAAGCUGAACUCUCAAGGAGACGGGAGCUUACUCGCUCUGUUCGUGAUCAGGUUGGUGAUGUCAGGUGUGCUGUUGAAAAAAGAAUGCGCAAAUCAGGAAUACUAACACAUCAGAAGCUGAGAAGAAAUAUCCAUCGUUCUUCCCAAGAUAACAAUGACUAUAUAUCUUCAGAUAGACAUCUUCUACAUGUGAGGCAGCAGGAUGAAGAACUUGAUGAUAUCACUGCAAAUGUUCAGAAUAUCGGAGGCGUCGGGCUAACCAUACGCGGUGAACUGUCUAGACAGGAAUCAUUGAACCAACAAGGUGAUCCUGACCCGAACAAUCCUGGUCUAUCACUGAACGAAAAGGCAACCAUUGCUGUGAUGAAGGUUUUAUCGACCUCAGUGCUUACAAUGAUAGCUGCUCUCAGUACCUACUCAUCUGAUACUCUAGCACCUUUAGCGAAAGGGAGACUCGCAAAGGAGAUGCUCCUUAUCUCCCCUUAUAUAUGUGUGCCGAUUGCUUUAAUUGGAGCUGCUCUUUCACUUUGUGCGUCUGAGAGUAAUGGUCUUGCCGAUUUUGCUUCUAUUGCGGUUCUUCUUGUCUGUCUAUAUGGUAUUGGGCUAGGAGCCUCGGCCGUCAUGAUCAUCUCACACACAACGCGCGGACCGAUGGUGCUUUGGACUUAUCUGCUUGUGAUCACUCUUUUCUGCGCCUGGGGCUGCUUUUUUGCGUAUCCGAGGUGCCUGAAGUUCAUCAUGCGUAUGAUUUAUUGGGAGUGUUUCGAUGGGCGGAGAAGUACCAAGCCUCAGAGGGCAGCGUAUACUCAUCCAGAGAUUAGUCAAGAUACAGACCAAAAGGGCUUCCGUAAGAUGCUUUCCAACUCUUUUGCAACAUGCGGACGGGCCUUUAUUCCUCUCAACGAAGAUAAAACAAUUGAUGUCCUGAAAGCAGUUUCCCCUACUCUUCUCACUGCCAUUAGUGUCCUCAGUUUGUGGGCCGCUCAUACUGUAGCACCGCAGGCGUAUUUUUCUGUUGCGUUGCAGAGGUUUCUGUACAUGCUGCCAUAUUUUUAUCUGCCAUUAGGUGUUGUUACAAUUGCUCUGGCAGUUGCCGCAUCAAAAUCUAAUGGGUUAGCGAGCCAUGCUUCGGUUUUAGGUUUAGUGCUAUGUGCAUUUGGAAUUGCUUUGGGCGCUUGCUGCGGUGUUGUUAUGCUUCAGUUUGCACCCCAACUAUCUGCGCUUGGAGCAGGAGUGUUAAUUGUUGCUCUUGUCAUCAUGUGGGGAUGGAUGCUUGCAUAUCCUAAGAUGCUGAACUUUACCAUCCGCAAGACCUUGUGCCUGUAUUGUGCUCGAAGACUGAAAAUUGUUCCUUUGGGCAGAUAUGAUAGUUCUGGGUGUGAUUCCUGGACAUGGUCAUUUUCAGUGCUGAAGGUCAUCUGCCGCAAUACGGUCCUCUGCCCUUUCAUGUUUCUCGCUUCUUGCUCAAGGAGUGUUCGAGCUUGGUGGAAAACUGUACGUGCACAUAGGGCUAGAGUUGACUUGGAUCCUGAGGCUGGAGUGGAGAUGAUCCCUAUGGCUGUACAUGUGGAAACCCAAGGUGGUUUUCCACAAGGUGGCGUUGACUGGCAGUGGAUGAAUAGUAUGAGGCGAUAUCGUAUGAGAUUUUAGGGUAGCACUAGCAUGGCUGCAUUAUCCCAUGUAAUACUACUUGUUCUGACAAUACCCCAGGCCAGUGUAAAGUUAACAAUUGCAGAAAAUUGAGCUGCUGUGAGAUGCUGUGACCCAUUUGCUACUAUGAUCUAAGUGUAGUUUGAGAUAAAUUA